AUGGGAGCUGGUCCCUAUGAGGGCACAUGGGACAUGUGGGCAUGUGGAGCAGAUGGGGCAUGUGGAGCACAUGGGGCAUGUGGGCACAUGGGGCAUGGGCAGCACAUGGGCCAUAUGGGUCAAGCGGGACACGUGGAGCGCGUGGGACAUACGGGUCAAGCGGGACACGUGGAGCGCGUGGGACAUACGGGUCAAGCGGGACACGUGGAGCGCGUGGGACAUACGGGUCAAGCGGGACACGUGGAGCGCGUGGGACAUACGGGUCAAGCGGGACACGUGGAGCGCGUGGGACAUACGGGUCAAGCGGGACACGUGGAGCGCGUGGGACAUACGGGUCAAGCGGGACACGUGGAGCGCGUGGGACAUACGGGUCAAGCGGGACACGUGGAGCGCGUGGGACAUACGGGUCAAGCGGGACACGUGGAGCGCGUGGGACAUACGGGUCAAGCGGGACACGUGGAGCGCGUGGGACAUACGGGUCAAGCGGGACACGUGGAGCGCGUGGGACAUACGGGUCAAGCGGGACACGUGGAGCGCGUGGGACAUACGGGUCAAGCGGGACACGUGGAGCGCGUGGGACAUACGGGUCAAGCGGGACACGUGGAGCGCGUGGGACAUACGGGUCAAGCGGGACACGUGGAGCGCGUGGGACAUACGGGUCAAGCGGGACACGUGGAGCGCGUGGGACAUACGGGUCAAGCGGGACACGUGGAGCGCGUGGGACAUACGGGUCAAGCGGGACACGUGGAGCGCGUGGGACAUACGGGUCAAGCGGGACACGUGGAGCGCGUGGGACAUACGGGUCAAGCGGGACACGUGGAGCGCGUGGGACAUACGGGUCAAGCGGGACACGUGGAGCGCGUGGGACAUACGGGUCAAGCGGGACACGUGGAGCGCGUGGGACAUACGGGUCAAGCGGGACACGUGGAGCGCGUGGGACAUACGGGUCAAGCGGGACACGUGGAGCGCGUGGGACAUACGGGUCAAGCGGGACACGUGGAGCGCGUGGGACAUACGGGUCAAGCGGGACACGUGGAGCGCGUGGGACAUACGGGUCAAGCGGGACACGUGGAGCGCGUGGGACAUACGGGUCAAGCGGGACACGUGGAGCGCGUGGGACAUACGGUGGGACAUGUGGAGCACGUGGGACAUAUGGGUCAAGUGGGACAUGUGGAGCACCUGGGACAUAUGGGUCAAGUGGGACAUGUGGAGCACGUCGGACAUAUGGGUCAAGUGGGACAUGUGGAGCACGUCGGACACAUGGGUCAAGUGGGACAUGUGGAGCACGUGGGACAUAUGGGUCAAGUGGGACAUGUGGAGCACGUGGGACAUAUGGGUCAAGUGGGACAUGUGGAGCACGUGGGACAUAUGGGUCAAGUGGGACAUGUGGAGCACGUGGGACAUAUGGGUCAAGUGGGACAUGUGGAGCACCUGGGACAUAUGGGCCAAGUGGGACACGCGAGGUACGUGGGGCAUGUGGGGCACAUGAGGGGGCACAUGGAGCAUGUGGGGGAAAUCCAGAACUCAAGAAGAUGA